AUGGCUCCACGAAAGUCAUCAAAAGUGCAUGCAGCGCAGUUACGGGAAACACGCAAAGCAAGAAUGCAGACCCAACUUGCAAAUCUGGCCGAAGCCAAUGCGGCAUCUGACAAGAGGGAGCUAAACGAACCCAGUGCAGGACAAUCAACUCGUGCAGCCAAAACUGCGGCGCUCACAAGACCCAAUUGGCCGAUAAAGCAGACACGAGUCAGAGGCCUAAAAGAGCCGUCCAAUAGCUCCAGCAUAGCAGUCAGCCAAGCUGUUAUGAGCGUCCUCGAUCUUGCGACAAAUUCGGCAGCCAAGAACACAAAACUUUUAGAAGAUGUCAACUACAUCUACCCUUGGUCGGCCGAGAAAGAUAAAUAUGAUACUUCAAAGCCAUUCCAAGCUGAAGUGAUCAAAGAAGGUGUUCGAGCCGGCUUCUUCAUCACCAACCAGUACAAUGAUAUUGGCCUCAAAUUUUCUUACCUCCUUACUUCUUCGCUCUCUACGGCUCCCGAUGAGUUGGAGGUUGUCGACCACAUGAUAGCCGGUGUUGCUACUGCUGUUGAAGCCAAUAUUCUGGACUUUAAUGUCAGCAAGAGCAGCGAGUUUGUUGGUCCGAGUCACGACAACACUUUCAAGGCGCACAUGCUCCUUCUUCUCACUAUGAAACAGAAGAAGCCACUCGAGUAUCAUAAGCUGGCCCAUGGAAUCUAUCGUGCUGUCAUUGGAAUUCGUAAUGUGGGACCCGCACGACUUUCGAAAGAGCAGAUUAUUGCACGGGUUGACUGGGUAAACAUGGGUAGCGAGUCUGAUUAGUGUUUUUUCCGUCCUAUUUCUAUCCGUCUGCUGCCACUACUAGUACUGAGUCUAAUAUGCUCCUUCAUGUCUAGCGAUUUUUUCCAUCUUUUGCUGCUACUAGUCCGCUCCUUCGUGUUCAGUGAAACCUCCCC